AUGUCUACGCGCCCAACCAUGCUGGCAACGGAGAACAGAACAUUGAGUCACAAGCAGAUCCGACAUAUCUGCUGUAUCGGGGCCGGGUACGUGGGUGGCCCCACCUGCGCUGUCAUCGCCCACAAAGCACCUCAUAUCCAAGUCGACGUGGUUGAUCUAAACGCAAAGCGUAUUGCAGCAUGGAACUCGAACCAUCUCCCCAUCUACGAACCAGGCCUGCAAGAGAUGACACAACUGCCAAGGGACGGUACGCCUGAUCGACCCUCGAACCUUUUCUUCACGACCGACGUCAAGAGCUCAAUUGCCAAAGCAGACCUCAUCUUCCUCUGUGUGGCUACACCUACAAAAUACACGGGCACAGGAGCUGGACUUGCUGCGGACCUCGUCUAUGUAGAGUCCGCUACCCGCAUGAUUGCUGAGGCGGCGGAGGAUGACAAGAUCGUGGUGGAGAAGAGCACAGUGCCAUGCAAAACCGCUGCUAGCAUCCGCGAGAUUCUCUCGGCGGUGGGCAAACCUGGAGUGAACUUCGACAUACUAUCCAACCCUGAGUUCUUGGCCGAAGGGACAGCAGUCAGAAAUCUUCUCGAGCCAGAUAGGUUACUUAUCGGCUCUUUGACCAAUGAACGAGGUCUUCGCGCCGCUGCAUCACUGGUGGAUGUCUAUGCAAAUUGGGUUCCAAGGGAGAGAAUCGUAACCAUGCACCUCUGGUCAAGCGAGAUGGCUAAGCUUGCGGCCAACGCCUUGCUGGCUCAACGUAUCAGUAGCAUCAAUGCUCUAAGUGCAAUCUGCGAAUCUACCGGUGCUGAUAUUGACGAGGUAGCUUACGCUGUAGGCCUCGACAAACGGAUAGGUCCCAAGAUGUUGAAAUCAUCUGUUGGCUUCGGGGGCUCCUGUUUCAGGAAAGAUGUCCUCAACCUCGUAUAUAUCGCUCACACGCUUCAUCUUCCCGAAGUGGCCAGCUACUGGGAAGAGGUCGUCAAAAUGAACGAAUACCAAAAGGAGCGUUUCUGCAAGCGCAUCGUCAGCUGCUUAUACACCACUCUAACAGAUAAACGCGUUGCCAUCCUUGGCUUCGCCUACAAAAAAGACACCGGUGAUACUCGUGAAUCAGCCUCCAUCUCCCUGGUCAACUCACUCGUCGCUGAACAAGCCGACGUCCGCAUCUACGAUCCAAAAGUCGAAGAAGAAUCCAUCUGGACAGAACUAAAAUGGACGGCCAAAAACUUCGACGAAACCAAAAAACGCGUGACGAUCUGCAAAUCCGCCUACGAAGCCUGCGAGGACUCUCACGCCGCCAUUAUUGCCACCGAAUGGGACGAAUUCAACAACAAAGACACCGAAGUCCACAUCCGCGAAGUCAACGGCCUCGCUGUCAUCGGUCGCUCCCCAUCCAGCUACUCUACUGGCAGCGGCAUCGCCUUCUCCAACGGCAGUCUCGAGCAUAGCCCAGCGCCUAAGAUUUACACGAAUGGUCGCACCCCCACCCCCUCGACGCCGGACGCGAAAUUGAAAAAUUUGAGCUUGUACGAUAAUAGCGCCAUCAAUGGUUCUAAUGACGAGAAUAGCAAACCGAAUGGUUCGUCGCCGUUGAGGAAAGCGCCGUCCAAGCGCCUGGACUGGGCCCACGUCGCCAGCCUGAUGCGCAAGCCCAUGUUUGUGUUUGAUGGCAGGAAUGUCGUUGAUGCUGUCAAGCUUGAGCGUCUGGGGUUCAGAGUCGAGAGUAUUGGGAAGCCGAGCGUGAAAUCUUAG